GCAUUUAUAGUUUGGGCGAAACUGGGUGUUGACAGAAAUUAAGGAAUUCAACUGUGUGGAAGUGCCUGUGGGCAGUAGUGCCACUGGUAAUCGGGUGAUUUAAGGAAACUUUUUGAAUAUUUAUUAAUAUCCUGGUCUUGGGCAUAUGCGUUGCUGAUUCCCAUAUAGUUUAGCUCUUUAUCACAUUUAUGUAUUUUGACUUGUUAAUUUAAAUCCGUCAGUAAGUCAGCAUCAUAUUUCUCCAUGGUUUGUGGUUUGUCUUUUUAGGAAUUAGUUCAUAGCUUUUUCCUCGGUCAAUUUGGACUUCCUUCAUCCAUCUGGUUUAUGCACGGCCGGCCUUUUUCUAAUUAAUCAUCGUCUGCAGGGCUGAAUAAAAAAUUUAAUUAACCCUACGCCAAAUCUUCCAUGUUUAACAGAAACGGAAUCUUGGUGGCAUAAGUUUGAAAAAAUUACCUGCACUCCCCGGGACUUUCCUCUAAUUUUAAGGUGACUAAACUUUCUGCCCCCUUCAUACAAAUAAAUAAAUCAAUAAAACUCGAACAUGCUGGGUCUUCUUGAACUCUAUAUAAGAGACCCUCUGCUUGGUAUUGUGGAGUCACAAUUUCCAGACAACACACAAUAAACAAUCGCAACAAUGGCCAACAAAACACCAGCCAUACCUAUUCUCCUCUCCCUACUUGUCCUAGCCCUUAUUGAUGUCUCUAAAGCCGGUGGGAUUGCCGUGUAUUGGGGUCAAAACGGCUAUGAGACUACCUUGGACUAAACAUGUGAGACUGGACUGUACCAGUACGUCAACAUCGCCUUCCUCAACAAAUUUGGCAGUGGCCGGAUUCCGGCACUCAACCUUGAUGGCCAUUGCAACCCAAAAUACGGUGGUUGCAAAGACGUUAGUAUAGCCAUAAGAAACUGCCAAAAGCGUGGGAUCAAGGUGAUGCUCUCCAUUGGUGGCGGAAGUGGCCAGUACUCUCUGGCUUCUAAAGCCGACGCCAAGAAUGUAGCCGAUUAUUUAUACAACAAUUUCUUGGGUGGAACAUCACUUUACAGGCCAUUAGGCAAUGCUGUCUUGGAUGGCAUAGAUUUCAACAUAGAGCUUGGCUCCACAAAAUAUUGGGAUGAUCUUGCCCGCUACCUAGCUGCAUAUAGCAAGCCAGGAAGAAAGGUUUACCUAUCGGCUGCCCCUCAAUGUCCAUUCCCUGAUAGAUACUUGGGGGCUGCCCUUAAUACGGGACUUUUUGAUUAUGUUUGGGUUCAGUUCUAUAACAAUGCACCUUGUCAAUAUAGUCCAGGUAACACUAGGAACCUUUUAAAUUCAUGGUAUAGGUGGACUGCAUCCAUUAAGGCGGGGAAGAUAUUUUUAGGGUUACCAGCAACCAAGGCAGCAGCAUCAACAGGGACUGGUUACAUUCCACCCUGGGAGCUAACUUCUAAAGUCCUUCCGCAGAUCAAGAAAUCACCCAAAUAUGGAGGUGUCAUGCUUUGGAAUAGGUACUUUGAUAAAAUCAGUGGUUAUAGCACCGUCAUUAAGAACGAUGUGUAAUAAAAUCAUGAAAGUAUGAUUGCGAAGCAACAUUGCUUGGCCUAGUAGCUUAAGCAAGCCUCUAGACUAAACUAAAAGUCGGGGCAAAUGGUGUUCAAUGUGCUCAAUAAGUUGCUUCUGCUUUUUCUUUUUUCGUUUUUUUCCCCUUUUGUCAUUUGUAUUAUUGUGUCCAAGCAACGAUUGUAAUAAGAUGGCAGUAUCACCCGUGACAACAAAAAUAGGAGAUAUGGCGUGGAGCUGACGUUUUUAGGUUUUAGCCCUCCUUUAAUAAAAAAAUUAAAAAUGUUCAGUCGGCCUUAAACAGUUAGACCUUCUUCAACCCAAAAGCUAAUAGGAAUAUGACAACCUGACAAGCUAAUUAAUAACGGGCCAAUACUGGAUCGAACUGAGCUUAUCAUGAUAAAACCCAUAUAAGACUCACCCUUUUUUUGAGAAGGUGAUUUUUCAAGUUUAAACCAGUUUGAUUAAAACACAAAUAAAUCAUCAUGACAAGAGCUUACUAUUAAUUAUAGUUUGAUUUCACUGGAAAAAUCGCCUACAUGGAUUAUGUAUGGAUGUUUGACGAUUCCAUCAAACCACACUGUGUUGCUGGCCAGCCGAACACAUGAAAAUAUAGGCAGAUGAUCA